AAAAAUUAAAUCGAAGUCAAACUAAAAUCCUUUGUUUUUUUCCAUCUUGAUCCCACCUCCUCUUAACAAAGAGAAAUUAUUCUGUGUGGACGCCGGACGGAGGCGAAUCAGGUGCAACCACGUCAACAAUACCGAGCUGCAAUACCGAGUGGUACGGAGCUGUUGUACCGAGGGAAUGGGUGUUAUGACACAUUCUGAUUGGUCUUCAGACGGCAUUCGGCGUCCGCACGUGAUAACUUUUCCUAGCUUACCAGAACACCACUAAAGGCUGAAAUCUUGAGAAGAAAGCAGAUAUAAUCACAGAAAAGAAAGAGAACUGCUUUCAAUCUGCUGAGCUCCAACCUUGCUUGGGAAGUGGAGGAAGCCAAAGCACCACUCAAUAGAAACAGCGAGCAGAUCUAGCUUUCACGUCAAACUUCAACACCCCCACACUUGCAUAAAUAUAUAUUAAUCCUCUAUGUUUGAAAAUAAGAACACCAAACUUUUAUGCAAUCUAUUCCAACUGAUAACUACUUCCCAACCCACACAACUGCGCAAAGAGUCACCUAACCGUUGAAAGAAACAUCCAUUACUAAUAUUACUCUCUCUCUCUCUAUUCUCUUCUCUUCUUUUUAUUCUUUUAUGAGGGGGAGAAAUUAGGAGGACUGGAACAGACAUUAUUGAGGAGAACUAGCUAGAGAGAGAUGGCGAGGAGAUCUGAUUUCACGCAGAAGCUGCUUGAUGAUCUUCGGUUGAGGAAGGAGAGGAUGGGGUUCUUGCCACCAGGCCAGCAGAGAUCUUCGUCUUCCUCCUCUGGAUCUGUUACUGCUGCUGGUUCUAAGAAUUCCCGAUGGUCCUUUCAGGGCUCAGGACAAGCAGCAGCGAAGAACUUGAAUAGCAAGAAUGUUUCUGGCAUGGAAAGUAAAACAAAUAUGUUGCUUGGGAGAAGAAAUAACGCUCCAGCAUUUGAAGGAGGUUCACAAGAAAUUGUUCCAUUUGGAAGAAACAGCAGGGGAAGCACUAUUGAUCUAUCAAUGGCACUUUCUAUGGCACUCAGUAACAGUGGCAAACUCCAAAAUAUUGAAAUUUUGGGCAAUCCCUCUAUGGGAAGGAAGAUUGUGCUACACAUGGAUGGUAACAUGGCAAUGCCACAGGCUUACCAGUUCCCUUUCUUAUCCCCUUCACAGAUUGGAGAAGUAGCUAAAGGUGUCCAAAAUCUAAAUAUGAUACUUAAAGCGUGUUCUAAUGGGUUUAAUUUUAACAGAGAUUCUAUAGAAAUUGGGAGAGAAUUGCUGAGAGGGGCUAUGGAUCUGGAGGAAUCUUUGAAAAUGCUUAUAACACUUCAAGAUGCUUCAGAUUACAUGGUUGGUUCCCAGAGAAAGCAGCAGCAGGUAAAAUUAUUGAAAGGGAAAGAAAAAGACGAGGAGUAUCUAACUCACCAGGGAAAUCAACGAAGCAGGCCCAAGUUUUCCUUUAUCAGAGAAGGACGCGGCGCCGAAGUCGUAGAUCAGAAGAAAAAGUCUGCAUCUGACAGUGACAAGUUGAGGUAUCCAGGAACCAACUCAAAUGGCAAUUCGUCAAGAAGUUCCAUACAGUUCAUCUCCCAUUGCAGAUCCAUAAGUGGCGCUUCGGGUUCAGCUAAUAAGAGCCAUGGAAGCCAUGAAUUAGUAAGGUUCGUAAGUGAUGCAGAUUCUUCUAUUUCAAAAUAUAAUGAGACUAAUUUGGUGUCAAAAAAGGUUAGGAUGCCAAAUGUCAUAGCAAAAUUAAUGGGCUUAGAAGAACUUCCUGCACCAAUAGAAGCAAAAUCCAUGAGGUCUCAACAAUUGAAAGAGAUGAGCUACGAGCUGGGGGAAUUUGAUAAAGAUAUCAAUGAGAAGGAAGAUAGCAUGAUAGCUAACCCAACGAAAAGAAUGCUAAAAAUUGAUGCACAAGCAAAGGGAAUGAAUAAUUUCAGAAGUUCAAAAAACCAUCCAGAAGAUACUAGUCCAGCGUCAAAAGAUUCACUGAAGAACUAUGUUAGAAAUAAUGGGCAGAUGGAUGUAAAUAACAUAGAUCACAAAAGUGAAACAAGGGUCAGGAAGGAAGGAGAGCCACAAGAGGAAAUAGCCAGUACAAAGCAACAAACGAAAGGAAGAGUUGAGUAUGGAAAUUCACUCACAGAUCACAUUAAUGAUUCAAGGGUGAGAAGAAAGGAUCUAACAAUAAGCAGAGAAGAAAAAAAAGCUAGAAAGCAAUCAAAAAUAGAUAAAAUUGUGCAGAUUGAUUCAUCGUUGAAGAUUAUAAAUUCAGACCAUGAACAGAAAAGCAAUUCGAUAGUCUCAUCAGAAGCAAAACAAGACAACAUUGGGAAGAAGGAAUUUAUUCAGAUAAAGGAAGAGUUGGUUUUAAAGCAACAAAGAGAAGCCCAAGUGACAACUGGAGUUUUUAAUCGAUUAUAUAAUGAAAGAAAUAGCGAGCAAGUACAACAACUUAAAAUCCAUAGCUCGCAAUCUAGAGAAGGAAUUAAAGAAAAUAGCGCAGAAAAGAAGUAUGAUAUAAAAGAUAAAUUGCAGUCCUCUACAGUAAAUAAAAGAGUCAUGAUGUCCAAGGAAAUAGAGAAGCAUCCUAAUGAGACGAGGGCAAGGACACGGUGGAGUAAAGAAAGUGCAAAUUCAGAUAAAAAGGAUAUAAUGAAGAAAACUGGCAGCCAAUCAAAAAAAGAAAAUCUAAAGAUCAUCCAUAAUGGAACCAAUAUGAGGAACAAAAGUAAUUAUAAACAUCACAGAGAAAACAAUUUGAUAGAAAAUAAAAGAUUACCAUUGAAGAGCAAUACAAGAGCAGAAAAGAUGGCAGGAAGCUCAAUCCAAGCAACAGUCAUGAGGAAGUCUAUGCAGAUUCAAUCAGCACAGAAAGAAAAUAUACUAACGGCAAGAGAAAAAGUUACAAAUAGUCGAAGUUCGGUGGAAGUAACUGCACAGAAUAAAGCUCUGGAUGCAAGUCAGGCCAUGGAACAGAGAAGUUCCAUUUUAGAAGAACUGGAGCACAGAUGGAAGGAAAGGAAUAAGAAAGUGGAAGGAAUCGAUAACUGUCCUAAUGUAAACCUGGAAUUCAAUAUGCAACAGAAAAUUGAAAUUAUUAGUUCAGGAAAUCUUCCAGAAGACAAUGGCAAAAUGGAAAUCACCACCUGUGAUCUUAUCUCAAGUGAAGAUGCAAAAAAUGACACCUGCAGCAACCCUUUUACUAGAGAUAUAAACAUCCAAGCCUCAAAGGAUCAAACCAUACAAGUAGAAAUAAAUGUGAAAUCUGAAAAAGAAAAUAGUGUUCAUCAGAUCCCAGAGAGGUAUGGUGUCACCACGAUAGAAUGUGUAGACAAUUAUUCCCAAGAAGAUUCUUAUUCCCAAGAGGAUUCCACGCAGAAAUAUCAAGAAAAACAAAUCAGCUUUUUAGAAAACAAGGAAGAAGAUCAUAGCAGAAUGAUGCAACACAACGGCAAUAAUUCUAUAGCACAUGAGGAUCGAACAAUUAUGGAAGUAGAUCAGCAAGAGAUACUUACAAAAGAUGAAGAAACUCUCAAGAAAACACUUACUACCAACCAGAACUUCCUGACUGUAGCACAAGCACUAUUCCAAAUCAAGAUUCCUGUUGGCAUGCUUCAAGCCGCUGAAAAUACUGGUCCAGAUAAUGAUGCCAAACUUAUCAUCGAUUGCGGAAAUGAAUUGCUAAGAAGAAAAGGCAAAAGAGAAGAACUAAAUUUUUCAAGGAAGGGGUCUCUUACACCUUCGAAGAGAAGUAUAGACACAUUAAUCAAAGAGGUGAAUGCUGAUUUUGAAAGCUUGAAGUAUCAAAAUUAUACUGUGGGGUGUGAUUAUGAUCUUGCUGACAGCCUCAACAAGAUGAUAGAGAAAGAUAUCCAGCACUGGCACCCAGACAUUAACUGUUUAUGGGAUUUUGGUUGGGACAGCAACACAUUUGUAUGCUUGGAAAAAAAAGAAAUAUUAACGGAAGUGGAAAAACAUGUACUAAAUGGCCUUCUCAAUGAAUUAAGUAGGGAUUUACUAAAUGUAAGCAUCAUCAUACUAUGA